UGUUGUUUGUUGGUUUGACGCUAAGGCGUCCUAGAUCGACGAACUUUGGCAUACUUUUUAUUGAUCACAAGUUGAUGUUUAGAGCAUGCACCGUAAUUAACAAGUUAACGUGAGCUAUGAGGAAUCCGCAUAUUUCAAAUAUGAAAGUUACAUACACGGGUCACUGGUAACUUCGCUGGCUUGCAGAAAGUCUCUCCCAACUAAUUUUAUUACUGAACGUUUUCUCCUGUGCUGGUGUUUCUUCUUCCAAACUUUACAGUGCUCACUAAUAUAGAGGUCAAGCUAUCAGAAUCGUCUACCAUGGCAGUGCAUAUACUGAUCUAUCCACGGUUGGCAGCGGGUGUCAAAGGCAGAGUAUUUCGUGGACUCAGUCGCUUUCUGUCCAGCAGUAAUGUCCAAGGUCGAGCGGAGCCUCCUGAGGAGCUAGGAGAUUCCGUGGAACAGCCGAUCUUCUCGCGUUCUUCCAUUGGUACCUUUUUUCAGGAGAGACCAGUUCUCAACAACCCAUUUCUUGAGGACGCCUUACUUCAAAAAUACCUCAGUAGACACCUCCCAACACAGGCACUGGGGAACGUUGGGGCAGAUCUAGCCAAGUUUGGAGAGAGGAUUGUAAGAGAGAUUGAUGCUCUGGGGCGUCAAUGUGAUGAGAACCCUCCUCGCUUGCAACACUAUGAUGCUUGGGGCUGCCGUGUGGACAACAUCCUCACCUGCCCGGCCUGGGCACGCAUGAAGGAGAUAUCUGCCGAGGAAGGGCUUGUGGCAGCUGGUUAUGAGAGAAUAUAUGGCGAGUGGAGCCGAGUUUACCAAAUGUCCAAACUGUAUCUCUACUCCCCUUCCGCUGGACUGUAUACCUGUCCACUGGCAAUGACUGAUGGGGCAGCUAAAGUUAUUGAGUCCUUAGGGGUGACAUGGCCUGUAGAGAAGGCUUACAGACGUUUAACUUCUCGGGAUCCACAGCAGUUCUGGACUUCGGGGCAAUGGAUGACAGAGCGGAAGGGGGGAUCAGAUGUUGCUAGUGGGACAGAGACUCUUGCCUUAUCCCAGGCUGAUGGCACUUAUAAACUUCAUGGCUUCAAGUGGUUCACCUCUGCCACGGAUUCAGACAUGACGCUCACGCUGGGGAGGGUGGUGGAUGUACAUGGACUCACAACAAAGGGCAGCAAAGGGCUGUCUCUGUUUUAUGCAGAGAUUCGAGACCAGCAGGGGAGGCUGAAUGGAAUUGAGGUCCAGCGGCUGAAGGACAAGUUGGGGACCCGGCAGGUGCCCACUGCGGAGCUGCUGUUAGACGGCCUCCCAGCGCACAGAAUCUCAGAUGAGGGGAGGGGUGUGGCCUCUAUUGCUAACAUGCUGACAAUCACCCGCAUCCACAACACAGUUGCUGCAGUGGCUGUUAUGAGGAGAAUCAUUCAGCUGGCCCGGGAGUAUGCUACAAAGCGCUUUGUCUUUGGAAAGUUCCUGAAGGAGCAUCCCCUUCAUGUGCAAACCAUGGCUAGAAUGGAGGUGGAGACCCGUGGUGCCUUCCUACUGCUGAUGAAGGUCUGUCAGCUCCUGGGCAGAGAGGAAACUGGCUUGGCCUCUAACAUAGACCUCCAUCUGCUCCGCCUCCUCACUCCUGUAGCCAAGCUCUACACUGGGAAACAGGCUGUUGCCAUAGUGUCAGAGGGUCUUGAGUGUUUUGGGGGCCAGGGCUAUAUGGAGGAUACAGGGUUACCCAGAAUGCUGCGGGAUGCACAGGUGCUGAGUAUAUGGGAAGGAACCACAAACAUCCUGUCACUGGAUGUGCUUCGCUGUUUAGCUAAAAGCCGUGGACAGACGCUGGAAGCGCUUUUCACUGAUGUCAAGGCCAAGCUCACGGCAGCCUCUGGAAACCAGGCUCUUGUUCCGUCAGUGACUGUUGUAGACAGUGCCCUCUGCAGGCUGGGGCAGUUUGUGCAGGCUGCAGUCCGCAGGCCCCCCAGUUACAUGGAGUUAGCAGCUCGAGACCUGGCAUACAGCCUGGCACGCAUCUACAUAGGGGCCCUUCUAAUAGAUCAUGCUGCAUGGGAGGGGGCAUCUCAUGCAGACAUUUAUGCGGCUCAAAGGUGGUGUGAACAGGACUUGUGCCCAGUGUUCACCAAGGAUGUCAGCAGUUGGUACAACCUUGAAACCCCAGACAAAGAUGCAGCACUGGUGUAUGAAGGGAGCCCACUGGUUCCUCAGAGUGCAUAACCAGGUUCAGCCAGUACCAGUGGUGGAAUUGGUCAGAUAGCUUACCUUUGACUGAUGAUUAUUCAUGUUGUGAGGGAAAUGUCUUUUUUUCCAUCAUCUGUGAAAGUUCAUUGACUUCAUGUUCUUGCUGUGGCCAUUUGAUUUAAUAAUACACUACCACAGAUUGAGAUUUAAAUCUAUGAAUCACCAGGCAGAAAUUGAGUUAGGCUGUUUGAGGAUCCACUGAUGCAUUUGUCCUAGGAAUAUGAAUAAAGUGUAGGUAGGGGUUCUUUUCCUAUGAUGGAAAAGAAAUUUAGACCAGAGCGUACAUACUUUUUAAAAUAAAAACUCACAAUAACUUAAUGACAUGAGUUUGCACCUUGUUAUUAUUCUCCAUCACCUCCACCUCUCCCCAAAAACUGCUGAAAAUAAUUGUUCCACAGUAAUACAUGUUAAUUGUGUUUUAAAUUGUUCAUAGUUUACUGGUAAAUCCUUAUCUAAAUUACCAACUCAAAUCUAUCAAGAACAGAUCUAUUUCUAACAACCUCAUGCCAAAUAGCUAUAGUUGUAACUCUGUGUAAGAGCCAGUUAUUGACUAAAAUAUGCCAGAUGGUUAAUAAGCCACACCUGCCUUAA